AAAACGCACGGCAUCAUGCAUUCUUUUAACUGUCAGCUCCACCGGUUUCACAGGCAGAGAGAGGCCUUUCUAAAGUCUGCACUCCAAGUCUGCUACUCAAAUCAAGCUCAGGCGCUGCGCCUGCGUCCACCUAGCUGCCAGGUGGUGCACCGUCCCCUGCGGCUGCGUGGUGCAUCUCCCUCCUCGCCCUGCUUCCUCUUCCUGCAGUCGCGCUCUCCGGUCUCGGGAUCUCCGCUCAAAUCAAGCUCAGGCGCUGCGCUCUCGCAAAUCAAAAGCAGUUGGAAAGAGCAUCUCACCCGAUUUGCCUGUUGUUGGGGCCACUGUUUUUUAAUUGCUAAUUUUGGGUGCUGUGAAGCAGCAUCAUUGUUGCAAGAGAACAAAGUCAUGAACUCCAUGGACCACUUUGACAAGAGCCCUCUGCUGGAAGGAAACAACUCCUCGCAAGAGAAUACCGCAGAAUAUACAGGUGAUGGAUCUGUUUGUGUCAGUGGGCAUCCUGCUUCCAGAAAACAUACAGGGAGCUGGAAGGCCUCCUCCUUAACCAUAGUCUGUUCAUUCUGCUGUUACCUGGCCUAUUCUUCAAUUGGAAAAAAUCUAGUCAGUUAUCUCACCAAAAUCCUACAAGAAACAAAUUUGGCUGCUGCAAGAGAUGUUGCAACUUGGCAAGGUACUAGCUACCUCGCGCCUCUGAUUGGAGCAUUCAUUGCUGAUUCAUACCUGGGAAAGUACCGGACUGCUCUGAUCUCGUGCACGAUUCUCAUUAUUGGAAUGAUGAUAUUGCUUCUAUCAGCAGCACUUCCAUUAAUUUCUAUUGGUCCUCAAGCUUGGAGUGUUUGGGCAGAUCCAAUCUCUUCUCAGUACAUCAUAUUCUUUGUUGGGUUGUACAUGGUUGGGUUAGGGUAUGGUGCACAGAGCCCUUGUGUUACAUCUUUUGGAGCCGAUCAAUUUGACGACACUGAUGAAGUGGAGAAAAUAAAAAAGAGCUCUUUCUUCAACUGGCACUAUUUUGCGAUCAAUACUGGUUCAUUGAUCGCAGGGACUGUAAUUGUGUGGGUCCAAGAACAUGAAGGUUGGCUCUGGGGUUUUACCAUUUCUACACUAUUUGUGACUAUAGGUAUCGGUAUUUUUUUCUUGGGAUCCAUUGUGUACAGAUUUCAGAAACCUGGAGGAAGUCCCCUUGCAAGAAUUUGCCAGGUUGUUGUUGCAGCUACUCGGAACUUCGAUAAAGUCUUGCCAUGUGAUUCCUCAGCUCUUUAUGAGUUUCUGGGGCAGGGUUCAGCAAUCGAAGGCAGCCGGAAAUUGGAACAUACAACCGGACUUGAGUUCUUUGAUAAAGCUGCAAUUGUGACAUUAUCAGACUGUGAAUCUCCUGGCCCAAGUAAUACAUGGAAGAUUUGUACUGUCACUCAGGUGGAGGAGUUAAAGAUUCUGAUCAGGAUGUUCCCGAUUUGGUCAGCAAUGGUACUAUUCGCUGCAGUUCAGGAACACAUGUUUUCAACAUUUGUAGAGCAAGGGAUGGUAAUGGACAAACACAUCGGCUCUUUUGAAAUACCAGCUGCAUCCUUCCAAUCUAUAGAUACUAUUACUGUCAUUAUGCUGGUUCCAGUUUAUGAAAGAGUCCUUGUUCCAGUAUUAAGAAAAUUCACUGGCAGACCGAAUGGCAUUACGUCACUGCAACGAAUAGGGAUUGGUUUAUUUUUCUCCAUGUCCUCAAUGGUGUCAGCAGCAUUGGUAGAGAAUAAUCGGUUGCAAAUUGCACAGGCAGAAGGCUUGGUGCACCUCAAGGAAGCUGUUCCAAUGAGCAUCAUGUGGCAAGGACCACAGUACUUCCUGCUAGGUGUAGCCGAGGUGUUCUCUAACAUAGGAUUGACUGAAUUUUUCUAUGAUGAAUCACCAGAUGCCAUGAGAAGCUUAUGUAUGGCAUUCUCACUUGCUAACAUCUCGGCUGGAAAUUACCUUAGUUCAUUUAUCCUCUCUCUUGUGCCGGUGUUCACAGCUAAAGGAGGCAGCCCAGGGUGGAUACCUGAUAACUUGAAUGAAGGGCAUUUGGAUAGAUUCUACCUGAUGCUGGCUGGGCUGAGUUUGCUAAAUCUGUUUAUCUUUGUAUUCAAUGCUAUGAGGUACAAAUGUAAGAAGGCUUCAUGAGUGUCGUUGACAUUUGCCAUUAUAAUAAAAAACAACUUUCAAGAGUUUAGAUACCA